UCCAACAGACGGGCAGGUGGAGCUAACCACAGCUAUGUUCGCUCUAACAGGAGCUUUAGCUGCACUGAAGUGAAAUCAUUUCACAGUCAGACAUGAGCACAAAACAAGAACAGGACAGGAAAUAAAAGGUGGGCUUAGAAUAAAAGCAGACAGAAACAGUAACAGAUGCAUCUGUUGUUUGUCAGUAACUGUGAGCGACACUCUGACAGGCUGUAACUUGUGCUGGACAGUCUCCUGUCCCACAUGGUGAUACGCUGAAUUAUCAGAGCACAGAUCAAACAUCCAGAGCACCUCUGCUUGUUCCUGUUUCUACAUCACAGACAUGAACCUGCUGAAGUUUACUCACAUCAUUAUACAUCAUACUGAUCCUCACACACUGACAGAAAUCACGUUCUGUCUUCAGACUGUGACAGGUGGAGUGGGUUUCCAGCCCCCACCCGUGUGUACUUCAAGGACCUGAAAUAUUUAUUGUAUUUCAGGGUUUCAUUAAGUUAUUUGACAGAAAGAUCAGCUGACUGUGAGGGCUCAGAGUCAGCUGUGACUUUGUAUUUGUUUGUCAAACAUGUGAACUCACAGCUGAUAGGUGGAGGAAUGUGGUUGCUAAGGUGAAGCUGUGGGCGCUGAUGUCACAGAUCUGAGGUGUGUCUGUAUAAAAACAGCUGACAAGGAAACACAGCUCAGUUUGUUCUCUGGAUGUUUAGUACAGAAGUUGAUGUACAGAGGUCCAGUUUUAUUUAUUUUAUUUUAUUGUACUUUUUCUUUUUGCUCUUUACAUUUUUUAAAUAUUUUAUUUAUUUAUUUAUUAUUUAUUUAAUUCCAUCAUGAUGAUCAGAAAAGACUUUGAGGAUUACAGAUUUCAUCCAGAAAAAAAGUAAGUGUUUGACUAUUUUGUACAAGGGUGGACAAAGUUCUCUGUGGUUUUAUGGAGGCUCCAGCUAAAUGCUGCCUCCUCCAUAGUACAAUAUACAUUUUUAUACAGUGACGUCAUUUUGAAGUCCUUUGGCUGAUGAUGGUCUUUAGUAUGUAGCUGAUGGUUGAUGAUGAGAGAGGUGAUGUUUGUGUUGUUCUGUGGAGAUCAUUCAAGAACUGAACCUGUUAAACACUCAGACCUGCUUUAGAUUUCACCGCUUUAGUUAUGAAGAACUUACUUAUGGUCGUCCUACAAAAUGAUGCAAGUGUGGGGUAUGAAUAUAAUUAUGAGUGAAAAUAAAAUGUUUCAGCUUUAUUAAAACUCAAAUUUAACCUCAUGUAGUCAUUUUUAAACUUUUUUUUUAAAACUGAGGUUCUGUUAUUAACUGAAAAUACCAACAGACUCACAUAUUUAGAACAAACUAAGAGUCAGAUCAGCAGAAACAAAAACACGGAAAUGUUUCCUGUAACUGCGUCGCUCUGCUCGACUUUGCUGAUUCUCGGUGUCUUCGUGUUUGUCUCUGCAGACCAGAAAAUCAUCACAGCUGAGCCUGGACAGAAUGUCAUGCUACCAUGUCGAGCUCCAAACAACAGCAGCAGCAUCACCGGUGUAGAGUGGAACAGAGCUGACCUGGAGACACAAUAUGUGCUUUUGUACCGGGAUGAGUUAUUUGACCCAGACAACCAGCAUCCAUCUUUUAAAAACCGGGUGGAUCUGCAGGACAGACAGAUGAAGGAUGGAGACGUGUCUUUGAUUCUGAAGGAUGUGACGGUUAAUGAUGCUGGAACGUACGAGUGUCUUGUCUUCACGAGAGGAACAAACAUGAAAGCUAACCUGGUGAUCGUCACACUGAGUGUUGUUGAUCCUCCAGACCAGAAAAUCAUCACAGCUAAGCCUGGACAGAAGAGCGUCACUCUUCCAUGUCGAGCUCCAAACAACAGCAGCAGCAUCUCAGUUGUAGAGUGGAGCAGAGCUGACCUGCAAGAUGAAUAUGUGCUUUUGUACCGGGAUGACCUGUUUGAUCCAACCAACCAGGAUCCAUCUUUUAAGAACCGGGUGGAUCUGAAGGACAGACAGAUGAAGGAUGGAGACGUGUCUUUGAUUCUGAAGGAUGUGACGAUUACUGAUAAUGGGACAUAUGUGUGUCAGGUCUUCACGAGAGGAACAAACAUGAAGAAGAGAGCAAAUUCGAGGACUGAUCCCAUCAGCAUCAUCGACCUCAGAGUUGUUCCUCCAGGAGGACCUGUUGGACUGAUCGUCGGUCUGAGUGUUUCUGCUGUGCUUCUUGCUGCUGCUGUUGUUGUUGGUUUUCUGGUCUACAGAAAAUGUAAACGACAGAACCGAGAUUUUAACUAACAUCCUGAUGAACAUCAGCAAGUUUGAAAUGUCCCAGAGCUUCUUACAUGGUGAAGUUGGAUAAGAGAAGCCUACAUUACUAAGGGAAAAACACAGGAGUACUGACUGACUGAAGAAACAUAAACACCAGAGUCCAAGUGAAAAACCAGAAAUUUGCUUCAUUCCAAAAAUUCCACGGCAGAUACAACAUUUAAAUAAAACGUUGUAUCUGCUGUCCUUUCUGCAAGUAAGAAGGAAUAAAAAAGAUAAUGAAACAAUUAUUAAAAAUUGCGGGUUAAAAUAAAUAAUGUUCUCCAGCACCUUUGGGAUGAAAUUAGACCCAAAAUGAUCCAGGAAGGAUCAAAGACAUUUUUUUAACAUCAGGCUUAGAGAAGAUACUGAAUAAUGUUGGAAGAAGUGUUGAAUCCUUCAUCAUAACUGUAUUUUUUUGUUUGUUUGUUUGUUUGUUUGUUUGUUUUGUUUUGUUUUUUUUUACAUCUAAUGGAAUGUAAUUACAUGGAACACUGAACAUUUUUUGCUUAUGAUGUAUGGGAGAAUUGUAAAUUGAUAUGAUUAUUAUUAUUGUUAUUAUCGCAGCUGGAUCUAGUGUAGGAGCUAGUAGCUAGUCUGGAGCUAGUCUAUUGGUAAGACUACACACCUUUGGAGCAGGAGUCCCACCCUGUAUCCAAUAAGGGU